AUGUUCCCCCUGCACUUGGCCGUUCUCUUCGGCUUCUCCGACUGUUGUCGCAAGCUGCUUUCCUCAGGUCAGUUGUACAGCAUCGUGUCCUCGCUGAGCAACGAGCACGUGCUGAGCGCCGGCUUCGACAUCAACACCCCCGACAACCUGGGCAGGACCUGUCUGCACGCUGCUGCUUCCGGAGGCCCCGACAACCUGGGCAGGACCUGUCUGCACGCUGCUGCUUCCGGAGGGAACGUUGAAUGUCUGAACCUGCUGCUGAGCAGCGGCGCUGACCUGCGGAGGAGGGACAAGUUCGGGAGGACCCCCCUGCACUACGCGGCGGCCAACGGCAGCUACCAGUGCACGGUGACACUGGUGACAGCCGGGGCCACCGUCAACGAGGCCGACGGCAAAGGCUGCACGGCGCUGCACUACGCGGCUGCCUCCGACACCUACCGCAGGGCCGAGGCUCACUCAGGACCCAGCGAGGAGGAGCCCCUGAAGGAGUCGAGGCUGAAGGAGGCGUUCUUCUGUCUGGAAUUCCUGCUGGACAACGGUGCUGACCCCUCCCUGCGGGACAAGCAGGGCUAUACCGCCGUCCACUACGCGGCCGCCUACGGCAACCGGCAGAACCUCGAGCUGCUCCUGGAAAUGUCCUUUAACUGCCUGGAGGAUGUGGAAAGCACCGUUCCAGUCAGCCCUUUGCACUUAGCUGCCUACAAUGGUCACUGUGAAGCCCUCAAGGCUCUGGCUGAGACGCUGGUGAACCUGGACGUGCGGGACCACAAGGGCCGCACCGCGCUCUACCUGGCCACGGAGCGCGGCGCCAGCGAGUGCGUGCAGGUGCUCACCAGCCACGGCGCCUCCGCCCUGGUCAAGGAGAGGAAGAGGAAGUGGACGCCUCUCCACGCUGCAGCUGCCAACGGGAACACGGAUUCCCUGCACCUCCUGAUCGACAGCGGCGAGCGGGCGGACAUCACCGACGUCAUGGACAUCCACGGCCAGACCCCUCUGAUGCUGGCCAUCAUGAACGGCCACGUGGACUGUGUCCAUCUCCUGCUGGACAAGGGCUCCACGGCCGACGCCGCCGACAAGAGGGGCCGGACCGCGCUGCACCGGGGGGCGGUGACGGGCUGCGAGGACUGCCUGGCCGCGCUGCUGGACCACGAUGCCUUCGUCCUGUGCCGGGACUUCAAGGGCCGCACCCCGAUCCACUUCGCCUCGGCCUGCGGGCACCUGGAGGUGCUGCGCACGCUGCUGCGCGCCGCGCUCUCCACCGACCCGCUGGACGCCGGCGUGGACUACAGCGGCUACUCGCCCAUGCACUGGGCCUCUUACAGUGGGCACGAAGAUUGUCUUGAAUUGUUACUUGAACACAACCCGUUUGCAUACCUAGAAGGAAAUCCCUUUACUCCAUUGCACUGUGCAGUAAUCAACAACCAGGACGGCACCGCCGAGAUGCUGGUGGAGGCUCUGGGUGCCAAGAUUGUCAAUAGCAGAGAUGCCAAAGGAAGGACCCCCCUUCACGCCGCUGCCUUCGCAGACAACGUCCGCGGGCUGCAGCUGCUGCUGCGCCACCAGGCCCAGGUGGACACGGCCGACAAGAUGGGCAGGACCCCCCUGAUGGUGGCAUCGGAGCACGGGCACACGGCGGCGCUGGAGUUCCUGCUGUUCCAAGCAAAAGCAAAUAUUACUGUGCUGGAUGUCAACAAGAACACAGCUCUUCACCUGGCCUGCAGCAAGGGCCAUGAAAAGUGUGCCUUGUUGAUCCUGGGGGAAACCCAAGACCUUGGCCUUAUCAAUGCAAGUAACAGUGCUCUGCAGAUGCCGCUGCACAUCGCGGCGAGGAACGGCCUGGCCUCGGUGGUGCAGGCCCUGCUCAGCCGCGGGGCCACCGUGCUGGCUGUGGAUGAAGAAGGUCACACCCCAGCCCUGGCGUGUGCCCCCAACAAGGACGUGGCCGACUGCCUGGCACUGAUCCUCUCCACCAUGAAGCCUUUCCCGCCCAAGGACGCGCUCGGCUCCUUCAGCCUCAGCCUCCUCACGAACUGCGGCAUCGCGGCCAAGGCGGCGGCGGCGGCGGCCUGCGGGGCCCUCCCGGUGCCGGUGCCGGCCUGCGGGGCCCUCCCGAGGGAUUGA